AUGGCUGCCACAGCAGCGAGCGAGACAGCGGGGGACGGGAUCAACGUUCCUGCUGCUUCCUCACCUACAACUACACAACUAGCUGGUAACCACCACACACGGCAAAAUGGCACCGGUGUCAGCGGGGAGCAGCUUAGUGAAGAUCGACUCCUGUCGCGCUCUCGACACGGCGGCAGCGGCGGCGCUAGUGGAAUGGCGGCCGGCGCCUCCACAGACCUCCGCAGUGCGGGGCCAUCAUUAUCCUUCAGCCAUACAUGGCACACUGGCGACGCACAGGCACCGCUGACCUCCCCAGCGACGACGUGUAUACCGCGAAGAAGGACAAGUGCGGCGAGCUGCUGGGACAGGCGCGCCUACGCAACAGAGCUGGUCGGGUGGCUUCACUUGCUGGUGUGGGUGCGGUGGCAGGUGAUUCACUUCCUCCGUGACCUCUCAGGCGUGCAGGGCUUUGUGGCGUGGAGUGCGUGGUACUGGUCGUGGGCUCAGGAGCAUUCGCGCCAAGCCGCCUUUCACCAAGCACUCUCCGCGUCUUUUUGGCGAGGUGUGUGGUUGCAUGGCUUGCACGCGCAGCUGAACCAGGUCCAGUAUGAGGUCAGCAGGCACAUGUUCACGCUGCAGAGCGUCUUUCAGCUCAUUGUUAGCUAUAUCGGGGCGGUCUAUACGGCACUGGAGCAGCUGAACACGCUCCUGAUGCAGGUGCAGCGCAGCUUCGAGGUAAUGAUGUCGCCCGUGGCAGCGGCUGCAGCAGUGGCGGUCGCACGAGCACCUGUGGCGACGGCUGGUAGUAGUUGCACGGCGUCGCCGUUGCCAGCGAACUACGCCAACACUCACCGUGGCGGGGGCGUUUGGGGCUGUGACUUCAACGCAAACCAGAACAGCAUGUUCUGGAGCCCGAUCGCGGCGGGCGUGGGGCGCGGAAGAGCUUCCUCGCGCACGCAGGGGUCUCGCGACCGCGCCGGCUCUCCGCAGAGAGGAGACCAGAGCGCUUUUGCAAGCGACGCAGCGCCGGCGACGCCACACGCGCGCCGCGGACUGCACGAUGAGGCCGAGCGCGAGAGUGACAUCAGCUUCUUUGAAGAGGAGGUGGAGGCGGCUUCGUUGCACGCCAUGGACGAGCUGCGUCGUGGCGUGUGGUCGACGCUGCAAGAGCUGAAGACGAUGUUUUGCCCUGACGGGCGGCCGCUAGAUGCGUUGGAGGUGAAUGAGCAGCAGGCUCGCUUUCCUUGGGGUGGUGGCGGUGGCGGCCUUUCUGCUGCUGGGCCGGCUACUGCCUCCAUCGCGAGACCUGAUUCAGAAGCCGGACUGCACCCGUCAGACGAAAACGCGCUCUUAGGCAUGCCUGCACUUGACGAGGCGGCGCCAGCAGCUCAGUCAAGCGGUCACCAGGUUCACUUUGCCGAGGCCGGCACACCUUCCGCUCACGACGGCAGCGGGCUGGAUGGAGGUCAUCCGGCGAGCGUUCGCGAAGGGGCGCGGGUGCUGCUGCAGUGCGUGCAGUGCUCCCAGGCGCUACUGCGGCGCCUGACGGUGCUGGUGCAGCGUGCUCACAGCCCACCGACGGCGCGGCACUGGCGGCGCAUCCUUGUCGCGGCCGUCACGAUCGUGCCGCCGUUCAUGUGGGUAUACACGAAGUCGCCGACGGAGCUGGCGGCGAUUGCCCGGAAGACGGUGACAGUGGGGCGGCAGGUGCUCUGGUCUUACGUGGUUGACCCCGUCAUGCAACUGCGCGAGUCCCUCUUUUACGUUCGCCCCGGUGUCGAGGACCGUCGCGGUGCAGUCGAGCGGGAUGCCGUGUCGCUUGCUAAUAUCAUUCGCGACUUUCAUGAAGACAUGUACCCGGACAUGUCGCAGAAACGGCUGGAAGAGCUGCGCGAUCGCACGUUCAAGCGGUUGCGAGCUGGCGUCGCGGACCCGGAGGGCCUGGGCCUGAUCGACGAGCAGUACCGCCACUCUGUGCGACACCCGAUUCGCAGUGUCCUGUUUGGCCACCUGCCGCGAAUCAUGCUCAUCCAGCUCUCGUACCAGGCGCUGGAGGUGAGCCGCGUGGCCAACGGCAUUGACGAGGUGCUGGAGGGCAAUGACAUCAACUUCAAGAUCAUGGCGAUGAUGCCGGUCUUCCUGGCCGGUGGGCUGCUGGCUACGUGGGGCCUCUUUCGCUACCGCUUCAAGUACAAGCCUGUGCGUCUCCGCAUGAAGCUCCUCUGGCGCUCUCUGUUCCGCGUUAUCAGCUUCGCUGGCAACGGUCAGGGGCUUGUCCUGCCAUUUUUGCGCAUCAGCGCGCAGCAGCAGGGCAUCCGUCCCCAUGCCGAGGCCACUGCACUCGUCGUCGACUUCCCACGCGUGCAGACAAAUCUCGCCAGGGUGGCGGGUCGGCGGCGUAGCACGAAAGCUCGGCGCCAUGUGCAUUCACAUAGAGCUGCGGUAGGCGCCACACUGGGCUCUUCGCUGCCGUCGCGUAACACGGAGCGGGGUGGCAGUGGAGACAUGGACGCUAUUGACACAGCUGCCUUUAGCGAGUCAGGUAGAGAUUCGGAGAGCUCGUCCGACGAGUCGCGAAGCGCCUCUGGCAGUGCUGUGACGGCCCGCGAACUCAACAACUACGAACAAGGCAUGGUGCUGCUCUUGUCGCAUGUGAUGCGCUCCAUCGCAGCGGAAUACCUCCGCUCGUAUGCCUUCUUUCACGAGCUGAUGGAGGACUUCAACGACUUGGAGAGCGUGCAGAGCACACGACGUCAGCGACUGGCGACCCUGACGCGCAUGCGGGCCACCCACACGUACUUUUUCUGA